GUUUCGGUAAUCAAGAUAAAAAACUUGCUUUGAUUCAUUCUGUGAUAUGUUGUAUUAUCAACCUAAGAUCGUCGCAUUUCGUCAUGUGAGAGUUUGAUAGCGACUAAGAUGGAUUUACCCGUUGUGUGUCGGUAAAAAUGAAGUACAGAAUGCCACCAUUCAGGCGUAAGAAGUCUCAAAAAUCUUUCCCGGUCAAAGUUUGUACACUUGAUGCAGAAUUGGAAUUUGAUUUGGAGUGGCAUGCUACAGGAAGAGAUUUAUUCGAUUUAGUUUGCCGUACUAUUGGGUUGAGGGAGACCUGGUAUUUUGGUCUUCAGUACAUGGAUUCCAAGGGAUUCAUCAGCUGGCUGAAACUGGAUAAGAAAGUUCAAGAUCAAGGAAUAAAUCCCAACAACCAGCCAGCAACACCAUUUAUGUUCCUAGGAAAACUUUACCCAGAAGAUGUGGCUGAAGAGUUGGUCCAGGAGGUCACUCAGCAUCUUUUCUUUCUCCAAGUCAAGCAAGCAAUCCUUUCAAUGGACAUAUAUUGUCCUCCAGAAGCCUCUGUCCUCUUAGCCUCUUAUGCUGUACAAGCCAAGUAUGGUGAUCAUGAUGAGCUUACUUAUAAACCUGGUACUUUAUCUAAAGACAACUUGCUUCCACAAAGAGUCAUUGAUCAAUAUCAGAUGACACAGGAGAUGUGGGAAGAGAGAAUCAAGGUCUGGUAUGCAGACCACAGAGGCAUGUCUCGCGAUGAAGCUGAAAUGGAGUACCUUAAAAUUGCUCAGGAUCUAGAUAUGUAUGGUGUGAAUUAUUUCCCUAUAACUAAUAAAAAAGACACUGAGCUAUGGCUUGGUGUGACUGCACUUGGAUUAAAUAUCUAUGAAAAAGAGAACAAAUUGACUCCAAAGACUACCUUUACAUGGUCUGAAAUAAGACAUAUCUCUUUUGAUGACAAAAAAUUUGUAAUCAAACCAGUUGACAAGUCUUCCCCAAACUUCAUAUUUUUCUCCCAAAAAGCACGCAUGAACAAACUGAUAUUAGAUCUGUGUAUUGGAAAUCAUGAUCUGUUCAUGAGGAGGCGUAAACCAGAUACAAUGGAGGUUCAACAAAUGAAAGCUCAAGCUAAGGAAGAGAAGUCCAGAAGACAAGUUGAGCGCAACAAACUAGCACGAGAAAAGCAAUUGAGGGAAGCUGCAGAAAGAGAAAAGGCUGUAAUGGAGCAAAAGCUAUUGCAGUAUCAGGAAGAAAUGAGAGUUGCAAAUGAGGCAUUGCGCCGUUCUGAACAAACAGCAGACCUUCUGGCUGAGAAAUCUCGAGUAGCAGAAGAAGAAGCAAUGUUGCUAAGCCAGAAAGCAGCCAAGGCUGAGCAAGAAAUCAACAGAAUACGUUUGACUGCUAUGAAGACAGAAGAAGAAAAGGUUCAUCUAGAGAGAAAAACUCAAGAGGCUGAGCGGCUUACUGCCAGAUUGGUAGAUGAGUCUGAAAGACGUGCUGCUGAAGCAGAUCGAUUAAAAGAUGAAUUGUUAAAAGCAAGAAUAGCAGAAAAGCAAGCUAAAGAAAAACUUCUUCAGUUUCUGUCUCGCACUGCAAGUCCUACCUCUCUUCAGUCUGUGCCCCAUGCAACUCAUUCCCCCACACCUUUACAGCAGUAUGAGACUGGCAAUGGCAUUGGUGGAGGGAUGUCGCAGUCGCUGUCCCAGCUCUCACAGCUGUCCCAGCUGUCACAACUCUCCCAACCAAUGAGUGGGCUGAGCCUCGGCCCUGGACUAUCCCCGGGAAUCUCACCGGGUUUAUCUCCUGGAUUGUCGCCUGGCUUGUCACCCGCCCUCUCUCCAGGACUCUGCCCAGCACUUUCCCCUGGGUUGUCUCAGGGACUGUCUCAAGGACUUUCACAAGGACUUUCACAAGGACUAACACCUCAGUUAGCAGCAGAUCUUCAAGCUCUGCAGCUUGGAGAACCAGGAGAUAUGUGUGGUAGUGUUUCUGGAGACAUGCCUGGUUUGCCUGGCUCAGACAUUCCUUCUGAGCUGCCAGCGUACGACCUGGCAGCUGAUCAAGAUAUGGAACAACUCUCACUCGAGAUUGAAAAGGAGAGGGUGGAUUAUUUGGAGAAAAGCAAACAUUUGCAGAAUCAGCUGCGGGAACUUCGGUGCGAGAUAGAAGUUCUCAAAGUGGGAGAGAAGCAGAGUCAGAUGGAUGCUCUCCAUCAGGAACAGUUACGUCUUGGAGAAAACAAAUAUUCCACUCUACGCAAGGUGAAGUCGGGAUCGACCAAAGCCCGAGUAGCUUUCUUCGAGGAGCUAUAAGGGUGGCUCAAUAUGCCAAAAACUGAGUUGCCUUGCUUCAUAUUUUACUAAGCUCUCUCCUAUAUUGUUUUUUUCCACUAUUGUUCUAAUUUCUGCUUGACUGACUGCUUUUUUAUUUCUGCAUCUUAAAUAAUUUCAACAAAAUGUCAACAUGUGAAAAGAUCUUUUAUUCAAUCACACGAUUGCUACCAAAUCAAUGCAUUAAUUGAUAUUUUAUGGCUUGACUUUUUAAACUUACCUUUAAGUCUUCAAAUAUUUUCCCCUUUUCUAUGCUUUUCAUAGUUAGAUAUUUACCUAUAUUUCACAUCUGGUCUUGAUGCUGAGCAGUACAUUGUGUACUUUUGGUAACUCCAUUGGUGACUGCUGGUUCAGUUACUAUUUGUGAUCAAUACCUAUGUUUUAUUCAUGCGCUAUGACUUUUGCCAGUUUUCUCCCUUUACAAGCUUUGUUCUAUGCUAGGUAAGUUGAAAAGACUGACUGUUUGCUGAUGGAGGCUAGCUACUUUACUGGAUUCCAGUCAAAGAGAAAUAGGUAUAUAGUUGUAAAAUUAAGGUAAAAGACUUCCUUACCUUUCUACAUAUGUUUAUAAUGUGAACUAUUACAAACCUUAUGGAUCAUUUUUACCAUCAACUCAUCUGUAAUGUUUUUCCUUAUCAUACCAUCCUUUUAGAAAUUUUUUAUUGAUUAAUGGAAAAUUGUAUUUAUGUAAAUAGUUUGUAAGUAGGCCAUUGUCAUUGUCAAUUUUAGGUGCAUUUCAUGUCCAAGUAGCAAUAAGCUGUCAUUUAUGUAUAUAUUCAUCACCUAGUAAUUAGGAAAAAUGUUUCUCUGUGCCAAAUUUAUUUAAUUAGAAGUGAUUUUAUUAGGUUUGUAAAGUUUUUAAAUGACAGAUCAUUGUCUUUCUUCAAUAUCUGGGGUGUAUUAAUUAUAUAUUUAAAACAGUGGAAGAAACUUUGUUUUCUAAUAUCAAAGAACCAAUUGAACAAACCUAUAUUCAAUUUUGUUGAGUAACACCCUAUUAUAUCAUUCUUAAAAUUGCAAUCUGAAUAAUUCUUAUUAUUUUUAUAGUUUUAGAUCUAAAAGCAAAUGCUCUUACACGAAAUAGUUGAACUAGUGAUUCCAUAUCUGAAGCUUCUAUAUGCAAGUUUGUCUCAUCAUUUGUAAGAGUUCUGUCAGGUUUAACCAGACUGUGUAUAUUUAAGUACACCAGAGGUAGGAUUUCAAUCUACAAAGCCAUAUUUUGAAUUGUUUAGAAGUGUACUAUUAUUGUCUUUGAAGUCAAUCUGUCAACUGUAAUUACUGCAAUCUUGCAUGCCUGCCUCAUACUUUGUGUCUACAAUUAGCUCAUGUUUUCAUGUAACAAGUGUUCCACUGUUCCUUUUAGACAUGUAAUAGGUUGGUAAAAACUAGAUGAUUCAGCAGCUCCCCAUCAUGGUGUGGCAUUAUUUAUCGAAAGCAAGCCAUUGGAAUGAUAUGUAUUAGAUACGCGUGCUGUCUUCUAUAGAAGUGAAAAUAACCCGAAAUUGUUUUAUUUAUAUUACAUGAUGUAUUUUAUGGUAGAUAAUCCAAGCAUGUGUUAAAACAUGCAGAGACUGUAGUAAUCGCUCACUUCUCAUAUGUGUGAUAUGAUUGUGCCUUAUCUUGUUGCGCUGAGCAUAAAUCAGGUUUUAUUAACAGUGAUGACAAGUUAUUUUUUAAAACCAGUUUGAGUGGCUAAUGAUAUUUUGUAAUAACAAAGUAGGAAGCAAUGCAAUGCAUUAAUUUGUUUUACCUGCUGAAGGCUCAAGUAUCAAUAUUGGUUCAGUAUUUUAAAAAUUUUAACUAAGUAUGUUGAAAAAAUUAAACAACUGAUAAAAUCUUCUUUUUUUCAGUAAACAAAAAAGAAGAAAUUAUUGGAAAACAACUUGUUUUGCCUUUUGUAGUUUAUUUUAAGACUUCGUUCAGUUUUCUAGCCUAUAGAGUCAUCAAAUAUUGUGAUCUGCAGGAUAUUAAAAAUGUCGUUUUGUGGGCUUUGCUAUAA